AUGAAGAUUUUUCUUUUUAUUAAUUUGUGCUUUUCUACGACAUUCCUAACUUCGGUUUUAACAGCAAAGCCUUCAAACUCUGAUUGUCUUUGCACCUACGAAGAAGAUCCAGUUUGCGAUACAAACGGAAAAAAUUAUAUAAACAGAUGUUAUCUUGACUGUCUUAAAUCUUUGGAUCCCUCAAUAGAAUUUAAACAUCCUGGAUUGUGUUCAUGA